UCGUUGAGCAAAUAAAAUCUCUUCAAUACUGACAAUACAAAUCACGAUUUUUUAUAAAUUCAUUCUUUCUAAAAUGGCGUUUGCUCAAAACGACGACGUGAUCGUGCACUGUGAAUCAAAGCCCCCUCAGUCCGAUGUAAAGCAGUCAGCUCAUUCCGUAGACUGGCAAUCAACAAAGAAAAGCGUCUCAGAAAGAAACAGUCAUAUGUUCAACAAUUCAGACAUGAGUGAUAUCUGUUUUACUUGGGAAGGUUCAGACAAGAUAUUGUACGCUCAUAAAUAUGUCUUGGGCACCAGUAGUGCCGUAUUUCAUGCGAUGUUUUAUGGCGACUUGGCAGAGAAGAAUUCAGUUGUUCAUCUCAGCGAUACAGAUGAGAAAAGUCUGGAGGAAUUCUUGAGGUUCCUCUACACGGAUGAAUGUAAUUUGACAACAGACAAUAUUAUAUCAGUCUUGUAUCUUUCUAAGAAAUAUAUCGUGCCUUCACUAACCGAGAAGUGUGUGAAUAACUUGAAAUGUAGUAUAGAAGCCGAGAAUGUUAUGAGCAUUUUGGAACAAGCAACGCAUUUUGACGAGAGCAAAUUAGAGAUGAGUUGUUGGAAAUUUAUAGAAUCAAAUACGAAGCAAGCUGUUGUGUCAACAGAUUUCGAUAACAUCAGCCAAAAGACACUGGCGAGUUUACUGAGUCGUAACGACCUGGAUAUCGUUGAAGUCGAAUUAUUUCGAGCUGUGUUAAAAUGGAGCGACUUUCAGUGUUCGAAGAAAGAUAUGGAGAGCGACUUUCAGUGUUCGAAGAAAGAUAUGGAGAGCGACUUUCAGUGUUCGAAGAAAGAUAUUGAGGCAACAAGGGAGAGCAGAAGGUCUGUAAUUGGUGAUGCUAUUUAUGAUCUGAGAUUUCUCGCUAUGAAUGAAAAAGAGUUCGCUCAAAAUGUUGCAACAUCCGGACUGCUCACGGCUGAAGAAAUGAUUCCUAUUUAUAAUAAAUUCAAUGGAAUUGAUUCACCUGAUCUAAAGUGGAAACUAUCGGAGAAACGUUCUAUUAAUAAUAAGAUCGGUUCAUCCGAUGUUCAUCCGUUGUUCCAAAAAUACAAAUGUCAUGAAAAGGGAUUUUAUGACUAUGUUUGUCGUAAGCCGGAAGAAGAAAGCGGGAGAAAAAGUAAAAACAAAACUAAAAAGUACACUGCCACUAGAGCCUAGUUAAUUAUGAUGACAACAUUAGUAGUUAAUAUAUUGGACACAGCAUAUUUUUGUUUUCAUUGACAUUGUCCUGACAAGAGAUUCUUACUCGAGACAUUGAUUUCUUACUAGUUACAAUACGUUUCAUUUCAGCUACUUUGUCUAUUCGUAUUUUACAACAUUGAUCUCGUUAAACAUAUAAGGUUAUAUAAUAUUGAUUAGUUUAAUUCGAUUUGAAAUAUGUGGUAUAUUAUCGUGUCUCUCAGCCCUAGUUCAAACUUACGUGUCAAGCCUAAAAUCUCAUUUACAUUAUAUGCUUAUGGCCUGAGCUCAUUUGCACUGGAUUUGCAUUAAUACGUAAAAUGUAUAUUUUAUAGUAUAUGUAUAGUAGAGGUGUGCAUCGGAUCGGAUUGGACGUUUAUAAUCCGACAAUUGCCUAAUGUUUAAAAUCCGAUCCGAAAUUGUUUAAUCCGAAUCCGAUCCGAGUUUUGAUAAAGCAUUCCGAUCCGAUCCGAAGAAUUCUUUAAUAAAAUACAUUUCUCAUAAAACCAAAUCAUUUAACCAAAUAAAUAUAAAAGAAAGAAAUACAUGUCAAGAAGCUGACAAAGUGACGUCCAAUUGAAGUAUCAAACGAAUAAUGCAGCGACAACCGCGAUGAUGCUUUGAUAAAUGCAUGGAUAAUUAAUUCUUGCGAUAAUGCGUGGUUAAUUAAUUCAUUUUAUUUCGGACAUUGAAGUCCGAUCCGACUACGAAACAACUUUAUCAAUCCGAUCCGAAAUGAAUAUUUUGGUUCCGAAAUCCGAACGGAUCGGUUUCGGAUCGGAACUGCACACCUCUAAUGUAUAGCUUUAAUAUUAGUUAUGUUCACGAAAUUACACGGCUAUCGUAUGAUAUAAAUAACGUUUAUUUGUUGUCUACUCGCAUGCAAAUAUCGUCAUAAAUUCACUGUAGGCUAUCAAACCAUUUCUAUCUCGGUCUAAAAAAUUGAUGACAUCUUCGUUCAACACACCGAGCCCCCUUAACCCGAUCAUAAAUUUAUCACUUGAUAUUGUUUCCCGGUAUGCAUUGCUUUGACCGAGUGCUCGAAAAAACUGGAACGAGUGAAGUUGGUUUGUUAUUGCGUAAUCUCUCAAUAUUUUGCAAGGGUUCAUUUGUUUCGGCGCAGUGGCCUG